CAUAAAUCAAUUAAGUCCGUAUAUUUCACAGGCUGUAGGCUCCCUGCAAACCCUAGCCUCACAACCGACAUCUAUCAAAUCUUCGAACGAACGAAACGAUGUCGUACGACGACGUGGAGAUCGAAGACAUGGAGUGGAACGAGGAGCUGAAGGCGUACACAUACCCCUGCCCUUGUGGAGACCUGUUUCAGAUCACAAAAGAUGAGCUGAAGAUCGGUGAAGAGAUCGCUCGGUGCCCUAGCUGCUCUCUAUACAUCACCGUUAUAUACAAUAUGGAAGAUUUUAUUGAUCAGAAAUCGAAGACGAAAGUCCAACCGGCUAAGCAACAGCCUGUAGCGGUUGCUUGAAUGAGAUUCAGGUGGCUAAGUUUUGUAUUAUUGAUUAGAGCUGCUGUUAAACAAACAGAGUUUGAUUAAUGAUUAUCAUUGAGUUUGAUUUUGAUUAAACCUAAACCUCAGAUUAGAUUGGUAGAUUUUAGACCUAUUUAUGAUGAAAUCAAUAUGUUGUUCUGUUUUUAUGUGUUGUUCAUGUUUGAAUUUGAGGAUAAUUUGGGGUCAAUAGAGAUUUGUGCGUUUAGAUGA